UUUGUUGUUUAUCUCUUUAUACACAGUGCGUAAAACGUUAUCAAUAUUUUUUUGUUUACAUAACAAUUGGACCGCACGCCUAUAUGGCGACAAUAACAUUCCUUUAAAGCAUUUAAUUUUCUAAUAUGGAGAAGAACAUUGAUAGCAACCUGGAGGAGGGAGACCUAGUCGAGGUGCGGAAGGUGGAGGGCAGGCUGGUGAGGCACGCGCGGGCGCUGUACUGGGCCCAGUGCCUAAUGGUGUUCGUGGGCAUCACGCUGUCGUUCUUCCUGCUGAUGCCGCCGCCGCGCCCGCCGCCCGCGGCCGCGCUCGUCUGCUACUACAAUACGCCUCACGACGCGCGCUCGCUGCAGCCCAGAGACAUACCACCACACUUGUGUACACACAUCAAUGUAGCCUUCGCCAGUGUGCACAAUAAAACCUUGCACUUGGACCCGCCGCAGUUGACCGCAAUACGCCAAAUAGUGUUGCUUAAAAAGUCUAACCCUAACCUGAAGGUGCUUGUCUCUGUAGGAGGCGCUGGCGAGAACGGUUUCGCCGACAUGGUAAUCAAUCACGCUUCUCGUAAGCAAUUCAUUCGAUCCAUCAAAAGUCUCCUCCGUAACUAUACCUUAGAUGGAAUAGAUCUGGACUGGGAGUUCCCGACUGGCAACAGGCAGCGGCAACACUUCUCCCAGCUGCUUCGAGAGAUCCGAACAGAGUACCUUAGAGAAAAGCGAGAUUACUUACUGACAGUUGCUGUUGUGGCAGAGGAAACCAUUGCCGAUGCAUCAUAUGAUUAUGAUCAACUAAACUUGUACACUGACUUUGUGAAUGUUAUGACUUACGAUUUUCAUUUCUACACUAAAAUGACUCCAUUCACUGGCUUCAACUCCCCGUUGUAUUCUGAACCGGGGCAGCGUUUCUUCCUUUCCACGCUGAAUGUAAACUACACAAUGCACAUGUACCUCGCUAAAGGGCUAGCACCGGAAAAGCUUGUAGUUGGGAUUCCUACAUACGGGCACUCAUUUCAGCUGGUAAAUCCAGGUAACACAUUGCCAGGUAGUCCGGCAGUGGGGCCGGGCAGUCUAGGCGCUGGUGGAUUUGUGUCAUAUCCGGAUGUGUGUCAGUUUGUGAAACAUCCUGGCGGGAAGCAGUCGCGGGAUGUUGCCGCGGCGGUGCCUUACGCGCACCGCGGGACUGAGUGGCUCUCCUAUGAUGAUGAAGAAAGUGUAGCGAGGAAGGCUGAGUUCGCAGCGCGAUUGGGGCUGCGCGGGGCUAUGGUAUACUCGCUUGACGCUGAUGAUUACUCCAAUGUCUGUGGGCUGAAGGCUCUGCCGCUCGUGUCCGCCGUCCGUCGCGCGCUGAACGGUCCUCUGAUUUAAUAGGUACCUGUUUCUUCCUAGCCACGUAGGUGAUCUUGUACAUCGCGCUGGACUUCAUGGCGGAGUGCCGCGGGCCGCGUGGGCGCGCGGGUCGCGGCGAGCGAGCGCGGCGUGAGCAUUGUGCGGACUUAUUAACUUUUACGACGAAAAAAACAGAAUGCCGGCCUUACGAGUACUGUUCCGUUUACUGCAAGGUUUCCGCGCGAGCGCGCGCGCGACGCGCAUCGCCGCCAGCGUUAUGUUAAUCGCUUAUAAUUAACUAGAGAAAUUAUAAGAACGUUAUGUAUUAUUUUAGUAAUUUAUUAGUGGUUUUUUGAUACACAUAUGUUUGAUUUGAUAAUCCAUGUAAAGUCAGUUUGGGCAAGCACCUCCGCGAGACAAGUGACGUAUUGGCUUUGCUAAGAAAAGAGGUGUUCUGGAGUUGCCCUUGCCCCAACCGACUUUACGUAAAUGGGGUAACCUGUCGUAAAAUCGGCAAUGGCCAGCAAUUCAAGACCCACUUUAAGAUAUGUUACCCUAUUCUUGGAAACUGAACUGCUGUAAUUGUUGUGAUGAAAUGCAUGACUUACCGCAUAGCGGGAGCGCGGAGUAUUGAGGCUGUGAUGUGCAAACAACAUGUUUAUUGUUACUAUUUGGUUCGUGAUUCGUGUGAGAUCUGGCUAUUGCGAGUUGCAAAUGAAUGGACUCCCACAAAUCACUAACAGAAGUGAAUGUUAUUCCAUGAGCUGACCGAGGGCAUCACACACUGACCAGUCCAGUGUUAGCAAGCUGCCAAAGCCAAAUUGCUUGGAUACAUUAUGAAUAGAAUUCAUUGAUAAUAAAUGAAUGGAAUCCAUUCAUAAUCAGAGCUCCUAUUUAUACUGGUUUGAUGAGCUCUGCAAGCUAUCGUAAUAACGACCAAGGGGCCAAUUCGAGUCGCAAAAGUGUUAGGUGUGGCGUGACUAGCACACGACUGGCAGAUUUUAUAAACAUGAUUGAGGAAAGUGGACAUGUCCUAGGUUAUACCCGCCAUCGCCAGUUUGAUACCUCGAAUGGGCCCCAGAUUAUUGGCUACUAUAUAGUAGCAAAAGCUACCAUUUCAGCAUUUAUAAAUAGUUACGAUAAAGGGUGCCAUUAUGAUGUAAAACUUCUUAGAAAUAAACACUUCUUUGUAUACGUUACUCAAGUUCUAAUAACUGGCUGUGGCCUGAUGACCGAUCUGACGAUAUGUUGAAUAAAAGUUGUUAUAAUUAAGAUAUCGUGUCGUGAUCUAUGGUAAAAUUUUAACGACCUCCGCCUAUACUGGCUAUAGGUAGUGAGACUGCCUAUGCAGCAGGAGGUCCCCGCUUCGAUUCCUGGUAAAGGCAGUUAUUUAUGUGUUCAUCACAUAUAUUUGUUCCUGAGUUAUGGAUGUUUUGGAUUGGAUGGAUUUAUCAAUGUCUAUCUAUUAUGUAUCUCUCACACAAUACAAGCUUUAUUGAGCUUUGUGGGACUAGGUCGAUAUGUGUAAGAUAUUUAUUUUUAUUGAAAUUGUUCGGUUAUUUUAGCCUACCCUGUACAUAAGGUAAUAAAUUAUGCAUACCAAGCCCACAUUAAGUGCAAAUCCGACAUAAUAUAUGUUAUAGAUGGAUGUGGUCGACAUUGAGCACACCUGUGUGGGUGACGAUUGCAUCAUACAAAUAGUCGACACGACUGAUCGUUCCUAGACCUUAUUACAAAGUAAUAAGAGCUAUCAAAGCUCAAGUGUCGCUAUACCUAGAAUACUGCCUGUGAAACUUUACAUUCUAAAUGACGCAUUUUCUAACUAUAAUCUGCGAUUUUAUCAAUUUAAUCGUACUGUACGAGUAUCUGUAUUUGUAAUGCUGAUGAUAAUUUAUGUUUAGAGUAAUUAUUAUCACAUCAAUGACCAUCAUCCGGUAUGAAAGUUAAGUUCAAGUGUAUUUCAAUGUAAAUAGAUAAGUACAUUAUAAUUUUCAAGAUAUACAUUUUGUAAGUAU